GCGUGCGCGGCUACAGGGACAGCAAGCUGCAUCAAGGCUGCGCGGCAGGUGUUUUUCGACAUCACGGAGCUGGAUGUGGAAAGUGUCUCCCCCUGCCGCGAGGAUGAUGGGACGUGGGUCAGCGAAGACGACGCUGCCUCUGGCGCGCCCGCUGCCUCUGCAGCGCUCGUGGCGCCCCCCGACGAGGAAGCGAAGCGAGAGAUUCAGCUUCUGCCUCCGCGCGCGGGCGACGCGAAGGACACGGGGCGCUUAGUGUCACUGUCCGACUCGGACGACAGCAGUGACGGCGACGCGGAGGACACGGGGCGUUUAGUGCCACUGUCCGACGAGGACGACAGCAGUGACGACGACUGCGACAGUUCCGAGUCGGAAGACGUUGCCUCGGCCGCGGAGCCGAGUGCUGCCUCUGGCGCAAUGCGUGUUGGUGCCUGGCGCACUGCGUGGUGGCGGUGCGUGGUGGUUCAUUCCAAUGCUUAUUAUUCGAGCUGGCCGCGGGAGGCAAUAAUGUGGCUGUGCGAGCAAGGCCCGGCGAAGGAGCGGCGACGACGCAUUUCCCGACUCAUCAAGGAAAUGUCAUCGGCGUGCGAUCACAUUCUUCACCCUGGCGAUGCGAUGGAAGGCAUCCACCACUGGAACGACACACCCGAGUACUGGAACCAAAGGUGGGUUCGCGCUUGGGCGUCACAUCAGAUGCACUACCUCCGCGAGCUGACCGACGCCUGGGAAGACAUUUCUUUGGGCGAUGGGAAGUAUUGGUUUUGCAACGCCUGGCCCAACUUGGUUCCCGCUGCCUCUGGCGCGCCGCGUGUGGAGCGCCUGCCGCGGGAUCAUCCCGGGUGGGGUCACCUGCGCGAGAUGUUCGGAAUCAACAGCAUCCCGGAAUUCUUGAACCACUUGUUCAACAAGCACGACGGGGAGUGGCGCGACGUUGAGUGGAUUCUCAACGGGCAGUCUGACGGCCACACGACGUUGCUCCGUCGUGCUCCCACUGCCUCUGGCGCGGCUAGUGGGAUGUUCGAGGUGGACAUGCGACAAGGACAAGUCGUGACGCUCGCACAUAUGUUCUCCCUGGGCGCAGGGUACUGCACUGCCUACGACAUGUACAAGCUGCACAUGGAUCUGCCCAUCCUCGCCCACAAGCACAAGAGG